CUCCACCAAUUAACCUCAAAUAGCUCUGACAGUAGCAGCAAUAGCAAAUGGCUCCGAUGGUGGUAGCAGCAGCAGAGCAGAUGGGUCCGGUGGCAGUAGAGCAGAUACAUCCAGCAACAACAGAGCAGGUGGCUUCAACAACAGCAAAGGAGAUGGAUUCGACAACAGCAACAGUAGGCUUCGGCAGCAAUGGCAGCAGAGUAGAUGUCUUCGAUAGCAGCAACAAAGCAGAUGGAUCUGGCACAACAGAGGAGAUGGAUUUGACAGCAGCAACAACAGAGGAAACUGAAGGUGAGAUGGAGGUGAGAGAUGGGUGAGCUGCAGACAAAGAGAUUGAGAGUGAGACUGAGUGAUGAGAAUUAAAAUAAAUUAAGGUUAGGGUUAAAUGUAGGGGAAUGGGUUGGGUUGGGUUGGAUAGUAUUGUGUUAAGUUUAAUUGUAAUUGGAUUGAAUUUAGGUUUGAGUUUGGGUUUGAGUGUGAGUUUAAAGAAUAAAUUAAUUUUAAAAUA